UUCCAUUUGUUCGAUUUACUAACUCAACCCGUUGCAAAAUAAUUGUUAGCAGCAAUUUUGUUCUCGUAAUUAUCGCAAGAUUGUUAUAUAAAUACGGACAAUAAAUAACCGUAAAAUAAAGUCCGUGGGUCCCGGAUAAAGCACGGGUCUGUUCAGACCUGGACAGAAGAUACAGGAGAGACUCUUAUCGGAGUUUGAACGAACUACGAUUUUACACUUCUUAUCAAGCGAGUUAUUUCGCUGCUCGUCUUAUCUGAGGAAAGAUUAAAUUUAAUCUGAAGUCCUCGGGGUUUUACUUCAUUACACCGGAAUGUAAAUAUCACAUAUGCACCCACACAUCACACGGUGGCAAUAAUCUCUUAAACAAUGGCACUGGUUUUACGUCUGUGCGCGCUCAAUCAAAAACAAUGUUUUUUGGGCAGUUUAACCUAUGUUGCGCCUAAUUGUUACACUCCUAAGAGGUUUCCCGUAGUGCGCGACGCAAGAUAUUUCUCAGCCAAAGAAUCCGACAAAGCACCUUCGGAAAACAUUGAAAUUUAUUAUGGAACCUUAACGAAACAGAUCAGAACUCUCAAAGCUUUUUCUCUGAUGACAUCCGCUUUUGGCUUGUUAGCCCAGCCUGCGUUUUAUUUAAAAGUUAUGGAGACUGGCAAUACAGGAUUCUUUUUAGGCAUAUUUGGAUGUGUAGGAUUAAUGGCUGUGGGUACUCCUUUGUUAAUACAUAUGAUAACAAAGAAAUACGUAACGUACUUGUAUUACGACGAAAAAGAAGACAAAUACACCGCGCACACUUAUAGUUUAUUUCUUCGUACAAAAAAGCUCACAUUUAGUCCGGGUGAUGUAAGAGUACCGGAUGUAACUGGGAUGUUUGCAAAUUGCAUUGUAAAAAAUACUCCUCUAUUCUUAGAGCAAAGAUUUUUUCGGGAUUCUAGUCAUUACAUCAAAAUAAUGGGAUAUGACAAACCAAUAGAUUUUAAAUUAGGUAAUAACAACAAUGAGACAGUUGCGGUAAAUACCGAAUAUAAAGAUGACAGUAGUAAAAAGUAAUUAAAAAAGUUUGUAACUACAA